AGUUUCUGUGCGUUGAAGGGGAAAGAUAAGGAGGGCUCCUCGCAUCGCCCCCAGAGAAGACGCAUCGAGAUAGCAAGGAUGUGUUCUCUGGAGAAGCGUGGCCGCGUCUAUGUCCUCAGCCUCACCGGCGACAACGAGCACCGCCUCAACGCCGAUCUCAUCGCGGCGGUCCGAUCCGCCCUAGCCAAGGUCCGCGCCGAAUACGCCGCCGCACCUAACGGCUCCGCCCUCGUCACGGCCGCCGAGGGCCGGUUCUUCUCCAACGGCUUCGACCUCGCUUGGGCCAACGCCGCCGGAUCCCCCUCCGCCUCCCUCCAGCGCCUUUCGUCCCUCGUCGCCCUCUUCAAGCCCGUGGUCGCGGACCUCAUGUCCCUCCCGAUGCCCACCAUCUCCGCCGUCAACGGCCACGCCGCCGCCGCCGGGUUCAUGCUCGCCAUCAGCCACGACUACACGGUGAUGAGGGGGGAUCGGGGGUUCUUGUACAUGAGCGAGCUCGACAUCGGCUUGCCCUUCCCGCCGUACUUCAUGUCGCUGAUGCGGGCGAAGAUCGCCGAUCCGAGGACGCUGAGGGACGUGACGCUCCGGGCGGCGAAGAUCACGGGAGCGGAAGCGAAGGCGAGGGGAAUCGCGGACUCGGUCCACGCCGGCGCCGACGAGGCGUUGCAGGCAGCGAUGAGGAUGGGAGAGGAGCUGGCGGCGCGGAACUGGGACGGUGGGGUGUACGCGUCGAUCCGGAUGGCGGCGUUCCCGGAUCUCUGCAGGGCGGUGGGAUUGCCGGCGGAGGACGCGGAGCAGAAGGACAAGACCAUCGCCGCCAAGCUCUGAAGUUGGAUCUCCACUACAAGCGAACCAAUAUAUGGUUCAUCACUCGAUUUUUGUCUCAUGGGACAACCUUGUGUCUUUUAGGUCAGUUCAAUUGAUCUACAGGUUGCCCUGCGAGCAAAUUUGGCCACAUAUGGGGUGUGUUAUAUGUUCAAUUAAAAGCAAAACGAUCCUUCAAUUUGAAUCAAGAUAUGUUUCAUCA